AGGGCUUGUCGCCAUCUUUUAAUUUCAACUACAUUCAGCUUUGUCAUCUUUGGAAGCUGUUUGUAAAACAUUUAUAAGUGAUUAUUUUUCGUUUUUUAAACGUGUAUACAAAAUGUCGAGUGGAGCACUUUUUGGUAAUAAUGUUAAUCGAGGCGCAAGUAAAAAUCUUGUUGAAUUUAAAGCCGGAAAAAUGACAAUGAAGGGAAGCAAGGUUUAUCCAGACAAUAGGAAAGGACAACUUUAUGUAUAUCAGUCGGACGAUUGUUUAAUGCAUUUUUGUUGGAAAGACAGAACUUCUGGAGUUGUUGAAGACGAUUUGAUCAUAUUUCCCGAUGACUGUGAAUUUAAACAUGUUCCUCAGUGCACUACUGGCAGAGUGUAUCUUUUAAAAUUUAAAUCGUCCAGUAGAAGAUUCUUCUUUUGGCUCCAGGAUCUAAAAACCGAUAAGGACGAUGAACACUGCAGGAAGAUCAACGAAGUUCUCAAUAAUCCACCAACACCAGGUUCUCAAAGAAGUGGUGGUGCAAAUCCAGAGGGUGAUUUACAAAAUCUCUUGAAUAAUAUGUCGCAACAGCAAUUGAUUCAAUUAUUCGGUGGCGUGGGACAAAUUGGAGGAUUAGGAAAUUUAUUGGGAACAAUGAAUCGACCACAUGGAACUGCUAGAACAACUACCACGACUUCCUCGACGCCAGUUGCAACAACUAUCGUCACCAGGCCACCUGCUGCUCAAACCCCAGCACCUACUGCCACAGCAUCUGCUGGAGCUGCCACCACCGAAACAUCCAGAUCUACUGGAGGUUCUAAAACUUCAAGUAGAACAGCAGCACCAGCAUCUGGAACAGAAGAUGAAUCAAGAACUCCAAUAAGAGUCAGUGAUUUAGUACAAUAUCUUUCUGAAAUACCAACACCAUCCGAAGGUCGGACUGAUCAGAGGGGCGUAGCAAGCGAGUUGAGCAGUUCCAUCCCAGGGGCGAUUUCGUCGACCGAGAACCUUGAAUUAGAAAUGAAAGAGCACUUGCCACCCGGGGACAACCUCAAUACCACGCUAUCGUCUCCUCAGUUCUCCCAGGCGCUAUCAAUGUUCUGGUCUGCUUUGCAGUCCGGUCAGGCUGGCCCAGUCAUUCGUCAAUUUGGUCUUGGAACGCAGGCGGUCAAUGCAGCAACCAAUGGAAAUCUCGAGCAAUUUGUGAGCGCACUUGAGUUCGUGAUGAAGGACGACCAGGAGCAGGAGCAACGCAGUGAGCAGGGUAAGGAUGACAAAAGCAAGAAGCAACCUCCAUCUGGAGCUGGAUCAACUGAUAAGAAAGAUGAGGAUGACGAGGGAAUGUGUUUCGAUUAAAAAAAAAAGACUGGAUUUGAAUUCGACACUUUUUUCUUUCUGUUUUUUUUUCCUUUUUUUUCUCUCUAUCUCUCUCUCUCUCUUUUGUAAUGUCUCUCUGUGUGUCGUGCGAAAUAAUUUUUGCUCUGGAUAUACUGGUAACUUGAAUUAUUCUUACUAAUGCUUCACUACGACUUGUGUAUCUCUUUGCAAUAUCGGUUUAAAAGAAAAUAGUAGAGUGUAAGUUUCACAUUAUAUAAUAAAAAGAAAAUUGUUUUGUUGAAAGAUGAUGAAAA